ACAUGUAUAUCUUAUGUGAAACCCAUGAGCAGAGUUAAUUUUGAUUUAACAAGUAAACACAGAAAGGGGAUGGACAAUAGUCAAAGUCCGAUCUAGGACGGGGAACACACCCUGAAGUUAUAUAUAUGUGAAUUUAAGAUUUCAACAAUAACUGUCGGGAAAGCUAGCGAAUGUACAAGGACGUAUCUAUCCGACUGAGAUUUCCGACAAUAAAACAUGGAGGAUGAAGGUAGGCGAGCGGGCACAGCUAAGGUUGACGUACCAGCUGAACCUUGUCCGUCAGAACAAGGAAAGACGUUUUAUGGAGUAGAAGAUGUCCCACCCGUUCAUCUGUGUUUUCUGUUCGGGUUACAGCAAGCAAUCCUCUGUCUCGGAAGUACAUUGUCCAUCCCUUUUAUCAUAUCCGGAAUGAUAUGUGCUGAGGAUGAGAGUGACGUCAGAGCCAAACUCCUCAGCAUCACAAUGUUUAUGUGUGGUCUGGCUACAGUCCUUCAGUCUACGUUUGGUGUCAGGCUGGGAAUUGUUCAAGGAGGUUCCCAUACCUUCAUCGCACCUAUAGUAGCCAUGAUGUCACUCAGUAAAUGGAGCUGCCCACACCCCUCCGGAGAAGUCAGUGUGAACGAGACGUCAUUUGCGGGUGACAAAGACGAAGCAUGGCAGCUCCGCAUGAGAGAAAUCCAGGGCAACCUGAUCCUCGCGUCCCUGACCCAGGUCAUAUUGGGUUGUACAGGAGUGAUGGGAUUCUUCCUCCGGUUCAUUGGUCCUCUAACCAUCGCCCCAACCAUCUCCCUCAUCGGCCUGUCACUGACGGGAGUAGCGUCAGCCUUCAACACUGUCCACUGGGGCAUAGCAAGCCUAACGUUUUCCCUCAUCGCCAUCUUUUCACUUUUCCUGGCUCGAAUCCAAGUACCGUUACCGUCAUUUUCGAUGAAAAGGAAAUUUCACAUGACCAGAUUCCCUGUCUUCCAGUUACUGCCUGUUAUUAUCAGCAUAUGUAUCGGCUGGUUUGUGUGUUAUAUACUGACCAUCACGGACACUUUUCCUAAUGACCGGAACGCCCAGUCCUACUACGCCCGUACAGACUCCAGACUGGAUGUGAUGUCUGGCAUGCCCUGGUUCUACAUUCCCUAUCCAUUUAUAUUUGGUACCCCUACUGUGUCCGCCGCUGGAUACGUCGGAAUGCUUGCUGCGACUCUGUCCUCCGUCGUUGAGUCGAUAGGGGACUACUUUGCUGCCGCCAAAAUUUCACACGGCACGCCCCCUCCUCCACAUGCCAUCAACAGAGGACUAGCCAUGGAGGGAUUCUGCAGCAUAUUGUCCGGUCUGGUAGGAGCAGGCCAUGCUACCACCUCAUAUAGCUCUAACAUUGGCGCAAUAGGGAUAACAAAGGUCGCAAGUAGACGGGUGUUCCAAGUAGCCGGUAUCAUACUGGUGGUAGGCGGGGUUGUAGGUAAAAUAGGAGCCGUCUUGACUUUAAUUCCGGAUCCAGUUAUAGGUGGAAUUUUAACGGUGGUUUUUGGCAUGGUUACAAUGGUUGGGAUCUCCACACUUCAGUACACUGAUAUGUCUUCUACACGAAACCUCACGAUUAUGGCUAUCGCCAUCAUUCUUGGCCUCAUGGUGCCGCAGUGGAUAACCCAAAAUCCGAAUGCAAUACAAACAGGUCACUCUGAGUUCGACCAGGUCCUGAAUGUGCUUCUAGGAACUGCCAUGUUUGUUGGAGGAUUUCUUGGUUGUCUUCUUGACAAUCUAGUGCCAGGUACAUCUGAGGAGCGUGGCAUCAAGAAAUGGCGGGAAAGCAUGUAUGAUUCAAACGGCAAGGUGAUUGAGAGCAAUGUACAAUAUGACAUCCCUUAUGUAACUAAAUAUAUAAGAAAGGUUGAGUGUUUCUCUUUCAUACCUAUAUGCCCUACAUUUGACGGUAUGAGCGACAACAUGAGCUGUAGAAAGCGGCGACCACGUGAUUUUGAUAUGAAUCUUGGUGAUAAACAUCCAAAUGAAAAUAAUGAACAAAAUGAUACUAAGCUAUGAAAGACAUUUAAUGAAUUCAAUGCGUUUUCAUUUAAUUAUGUAUAUAUUUAUUAGCUUCAUUAGUGUUAAAGUAAAUAACCUUUUAAUCAUGCACUUUGACCUCGUUAUUUCGAAGUCAAUGAGGCAAUAUCCCGAGUACGUUAAGCAUUACAUAUUUACCGUCGGGACUGAAUGUUAAGUUCGAGUUAAGGAGGGUCUUGGAAUUUCCAAAAUUGGAAAUAACGAGGUCUGACUGUACUGAUGUACGAUUUGUGUUUUACUUAUUUAGAACUUAUUCAGAAAUUGAAAAUACAUCAUUUACAUUUUAUUUUAUAGAUUGAUAAAAUAAGUUAUUUUAUUGAAUAUGCAAUGUAUUAGUUAACAUGUUAACAAUCCAAAUUAUGUUUGAAAUAUCUCUCAUUAGGCGAGACCUUAUUUAUCUUAGUGACAGUUUUUACAUCAUUCAAUUUAUCACGUUUUACCAUGAAUUAAAUGGAUCCAAAUCGACAUAUUACAUCAAUUCUGAAUAUCUAAAUACAUGAAUGAGUACUUUUUUUUAAAAUGGAUUCCGUGUCACAAUGACAACAAUGUACGAAUACUGUGGAUGAAAGAAAGUCUAUACAAAUAAAAAUAUUAAUAAACUUGA